AGGUUUGCAGCAAAACUCAUUGCCGGUGUGCUGGAUUUCAAGGCGAAGAUUGACCACCAGACUCUGUUGGUGGAAUAUUCCCGGGGCUACCCUCUGUGCAUGGACCAGUAUUCUCGCAUCUUUGGGUCGUGCCGACUUCCGGGGCCAAAGCACGACUCCGUCUUUCUCCCUCCCCCAGGUCGCAGACCUCCCACUUACAUCACCGUAGCACGCAACUUCCAGUUUUUCCAGUUUGAAGUGUACAACAGCGAUGGGACCCCUCUUACCGUAGACCAGUUGCACUGGCAGCUCCAGCGCAUCCGGGAUCAGUCUUGGAAGACAGACAAGGAACCCCUGGGGGUGCUGACCAGUGACCACCGCCACACCUGGGGACAGGCCUACACCACUCUCAUGAGAGACAAACUGAACCGGGAAUCGGCUCGUGCCAUUCAGCGGAGCCUCUUCACCGUCUGCCUGGAUGCGCCUGUCCUGAAAGUCUCCGACGCCCGGGUGGCCAGCUGUCUGGCGGCGCAGAUGCUGCAUGGCGGCGGCAGCCACUCCAACAGUGGCAACCGGUGGUUUGACAAAACCCUGCAGUUCAUCGUGGGAGAAGAUGGCUCCUGCGGGGUGCUGUAUGAACAAGCUGUUGCAGAGGGUCCUCCAAUCGCCACCAUCAUUGACCACGUUCUGGAUUAUUGCAAGGAUCCGGUCCCCGUCCGCGCCCCUCUGAUCCCUUUGCAGCUGCCCAAAAAACUCUACUUCUGCUUCACUCCAGAAGUCAAACGUGACAUUGAGCAUGCCAAACAGAACCUGGACAUUCUCAUCAAUGACCUGGACAUCAAUUGUUUCACCUACCGAGAGUUUGGCAAAGACCUUCUGAAACGCCACAAGCUCAGUCCCGAUUCUGUCCUGCAGGUGGCGCUGCAGCUAGCCUAUUAUAGGACACAUGGGGAGCUGGCUGCCACGACCGAGUCAGCCUCUCUCCGUCGGUUCCACCGUGGCCGGACAGAGACCAUCCGCUCUGCUACCUCUGCUGCACUGGCCUUCGUGAAGGCCAUGGCUGAUAACAGCUGUCAGGCCCCUGAAAGACUCUCUUUGCUGAAAGAAGCAGUUGAGGUCCACAGCACUCUCACAGAGCAGGCUCUGAAUGGGAUGGGCAUCGACCGCCAUUUGCUGGCACUGAAGCUGGAAGCUAUUGCUGACGGCUUCCGUGUACCGGAGAUUUUUAUGGACACUUCUUAUGCUGUUGGUUCCUACUGGAAACUUUCAACAGGACAGGUAGCUGCCCGCACAGAUUGUGUGAUGUGUUAUGGGCCACUGGCACCCGAUGGCUACGCUGUCUGCUACAACCCUCUGCCUUCCUACAUUAACUUUGCCGUGACUGCCUUCAACUGCUGCCAGGAGACCGAUGCGGAACAGCUGGCCAAAAGCCUCCAGAAAGCACUGGAUGAUGUGGGGAUCUUGCUGGGGAAUGGUGGAGGUGCAAACCAAGGAGAACAGUCUUAAGAAACAACCCGUACCUCUGUUUUCCCCACAUCAGUCUCACCAGUAACUUACAGAGGGUGCUCUCUGCCUCGUUCCGACACUCCUUCACCGAUCAUUUCUUAUAGGCCGCCCAAUCCUCACUCUGUAUUUUUCGUGUGCCAAAGCUUUUUUUUUUUGUACCCAGGGUAUCUUUCAGCCAUUCCUGAUAACACUCCUUAUCUAUUAUUCCCUUCGUAGUCUUCAGAGAUGGGACCACUGGGGAGGCAGCUCUUUUGCUUUUUGUUUUUUUACAGGGUCUCUGUUCAAAGCCAAAUCUAAGUUAUUUCUGAGUUGAGUAAAAAAAUAAAAAAAUAAAGCUCCUUCAGAAAACAAA